GAAGCAGACGAGAGGGAGUGUUUUCUUUUUUAAAACUUUAUUAUUAUUAUUAUUAUUAUUAUUUUGAGCAAAUCUCGGAGAAACCAACAUGAGCCACGUCGACGUGAAGAAUCUGAAGCCCAGCCGCUUUGAAGACGAGUAUUUCGACCAGUAUGAAUAUUAUAACCUGACCGAUAAAUACGCAGAAGGCUCGGCCCGUAAAGGCAGGACAAAGAAGGAGGCCAGUGACAACACCAACAGGCACAACCCCUCCGGACAUGAGCGCAAAAUUGUGGAGAAACUCCAAAACUCCGAGAAGAAAGCCAAGGAGUGAUUACUGAGGGCGACUCGGACGGCUUAUCCCGGAAAAACCGACCACGGCCUCCUUGGCGACAGAACGAGACGUACGGACGGCAGGAGCCUUCCCGAGGUUCGACGUGGGCGUGAAGAGGAGCCCACAGAUCCAGAUGUUCAGCAGACUGUGGUUCCUCCGCCUGCAGGUGUUGCAAAACACUCCCCUGUGUUGGGGCGCACCCGGGUCCCGGUUCAGACCACGAUGGUGCACACGUGAGAUGGUGGUGGAAGUUGGGUGAUUUCGAUGUGUUGACAAGUUUUCAAUGCUAUUAAAACUCUUCUUGAAUGA